GUCAGGAAAAGAGAUUCCUUACUCUCUGGAAUUUCCUGAUAGGAAGAGUUAUUUGUCAGUUGAACACAGUGUCUCAAAGUGUGAUUUCUUCUUUGGACCUUCGGCCAUCUGCUGGGGAUAUUUUGAUUGUGGCAGAAUGGGGUUGGACCGGAUAAGCGCUUGGAGAUCCCUUCCAACGAUAUGAUUGCAUGACCUACCUGUGUAAGGUGAAAAGCCUCACAUUUUUAAGAUAAGAAGCCCAGCAGCUUUGUUUUUAUCACCAGCCAUUAUUGCUGUUUACUCACCUCCGGUGGUCAUUGGCCGGCCAGGGUUUUGCACCAAGGCCAAAGGACUGGAAUCAUGUGUUGCAGCCGGAAGAUUUUUUUGCACUAUCAGCCCAAGCACGUAGUACAAGCUCUUGGAUGCAAGAGGGGACAUUUUUUUACAGUUCCAAGUCUGGUGGAAGCUUUGGCAAAACGAUGGAGACAAGCAACAACCAUGGCCCAAAACAACUGCCGUUCACGUUGAAGCGGUUUCACAUUUCCGAAGAGUAUGGUUUCAUUCUCCCAAAUCCUUUGCAAGAACUUCCUCCGUUCUAUGGUCCAUGGAUGGAGAUCGCUCGCCAGCUGCCAGACCUGAUUGAGGACCAUGAGCUCCGUUCAUGUGUGGACAAGAUGCCUUUGCUCAGCAGCCAAUACCUCCAAGGUUAUCGGGAACUCGUUCUGGCCCAUUUGGUCCUCAGCUCCAUCACUAUGGGCUACGUUUGGCAAGAAGGUGAAAAAGGGGUUGCCAAGAUCUUGCCACGCAAUCUUGCCAUCCCUUUCUGGGAGAUCUCUCAGACGUUAGGAGUGCCUCCAAUCCUGCUUCAUAUGGAUUUUAUUUUAGUAAACUGGAAGAAAAAGGAUCCUUACGGGCCCCUGGAAAUUGAGAAUCUGGAUCCUAUUGUUCACUUACCUGGAGGAGAGGCCAGCAGGGGUUUCAUGCUUAUCAGUUUCCUGGUUGAAAAUGCUGCUGCACCUGGAAUCAAGGCAGUGGCCCAAGCCUUCAAUGGCCUCCUUCUGUUUGAUAACAACAUGCUGGAAGAAGCAUUGCGGGAACUGACCAAUACUUUCAAAGCCAUGAUGACUACGUUGAAGAAAAUACAUGAUCAUGUGGAUCCUGCAGUCUUUUAUGGUGUGACGCGGAUCUUUUUUUCUGGCUGGAAGGAUAGUCCGGUCCUCCCAGACGGUCUGAUCUACGAAGGGGUCAGCGAGAAACCGCUGUUGUAUUCGGGGGGAAGCGCAGCCCAGAGCACCACUUUGCAUGCGUUCGAUGAACUCCUUGGAAUACAGCACUGCAAAGAAAGCACUGCCUUUCUGCAAAGAAUGAGGGAAUACAUGCCUCGCGACCAUCGGGCCUUCAUUGAGGAAAUGCAGUCCUUGCCUCCGCUGCGGUGCCACGUCGUGUCCUGCGGCUCUGCAGUGCUGCGGUCUGCAUACAAUGAGUGCGUGGCAGCCCUUUCAGAAUUAAGGACCUACCACCUCACCGUGGUGACCAAGUAUGUUAUCAUUGCCUCUCACAAAGCCAAGGGGAAACCCUCUGCUCCUGGAUCCGUCCACACGCUGUCUUUCCUGGACGAGACUGGAACGGGAGGCUCAAGGAUCGCGAGCUUUUUAAAAAGCACUCGGGAUGCCGCCAGGAAAGCCGUGAUAAUGUCCUAAGAGAUUCCAACUUUAUUAUUAUUAUUAUUAUUCCCUUGGAUUGAGCAUGGGGUUUACAGGAUCAAAGCAAGCUGGCCAUCUUAGGUUUGACACCACUUGAACUGCCAGGGCUCAAUGCCGUGGAACCAUGGGAGUUGUAGUUCUAUAAACCAUCUCUGCUAAAGAGUUAGGGUUGAACCACAACUUUCAGAAUUUUCAGACCAACAAGGCCACCCUGAUGUCGCCUUACAAGGUUGUAAGUCGAAGAGUGUUGAUCAAACCACGACUCCCAGGAUCCAUAGCAUUGAGCCAUGGCAGUUCAUGUGGUAUCAAGCUACAUUGAUUCUAUAGUGUAGACGCAUGCUUAUGAUAUGGAUAGUAUAAUGUAGGGAGGAAAGGGGUGGCUAUCCGGCACUAGCAGAUCUUUAUUUUAUAUAUAUCGUAUCAGGAGUGACUUGAGAAACUGCAAGUCGCUUCUGGUGUGAAAGAAUUGGCCGUCUGCAAGGAUGUUGCCCAAGGGAUGCCCGGAUGUUUUGAUGUUUUUACCAUCCUUGUGGGAGGCUUCUCUCAUGUCCCUGCAUGG